CUCGUCACGUCGUCACGAGUACGGCAACCAAGAGGUUUCCGCUCCAACUUGCCGAUGCCUGUUUCGAGCACAUGCGGUCUAAUAUAAGCCCUCCCAAUCGGUCCAUGGGGCCUAUUCAACCGAACUCACUCGCAUUCAGAUCGUGCCGCUUCCUUGUGGACACCCUUCGCUGACAGUUGCAUUUGUGACAGAGUUCCGAGCUCGUGCUUUCCUGCAAUUUGUAUAGAAAACUGCCGAGAAUUCCAACCAAGAACCCGCACUGUGUUGCUUGAUUGCCAAGGAUUGGGGCUCCAUGCGAUCGAGGGCGGAGGAGGGAGCGCGACAACUAUUCGAACGAUAGAAUGCGCGGACUUCGAUCUGGUUGUCACUUUUGAGGAGCGUGUGAAGGGUAGACUAAGAGGGGCUGUACUACUGCUAAUGUCAUGGCGAUGAUGUCGGAGGAUAGUCUCGCGACGCUAGAGAUCAGCUUGCGAGAAACUCUGCACAAAGAAGUAGAGGAGAGCGAGCGUAGGCAAAAAGCUGCUGAAAUCCAGAAGCUGGUAUGGGAGGAGCGACGCAACCCAAUCUCUUCUGUUAUGCCCCCCCACCUCAGCGCUGGCACCGCUCCUGGAGAUUUGGCUAAGCACAGCACAGAUUCCGCCGUGAAAAUAGUGCACGCAAAGGAGCAGGAAAUUGAGAAGCGGAAGUCGCAGGUUCGGGAGAAAGUGCAGGCCCAGCUAAAUCGCGUGGAGAGCGAGGCUAGGAGUCUUGAUCAAUUACGAAGAGAGUUGGAAGGGUUAGAGGAUCCAACUAAACAAGAGGUUGCAGAAAUCAGAAAGAAGAUUGAAGUUGUUGACAGAGAGUUGAGACCCUUAAAACAAAUAUGUGAAAAGAAGGAAAAGGAGUUGAAAGAAGCACUAGAAACUUACAAUGAAAAAACUAAGAUCAAAACUGACCUCGUUGGGAGGUUGAUGGACAUCGUAACAGAAAGUGAGAGGCAGAGGAUGCAAAAAUUGGAGGAACUUAACGUACUUCUUGAGGAGAUGGACCGACGUAAGGGCUUGAGGUAGUUCGAGCUGCCCAGCUGGACUUCAGGUGGUGAGCACUAUGUAAUCGUCAGCUAGGACAUCAGAGUUCUGCCGAUCGGAACGGUAAGGUAUUCAGAUUAAGAUAGUAGAAAGAGGUGGUUAGGAUAGUCACCAGAAAUGGCAGAAUGAUCUCCUCGGAUCUGCUUGCAACUGAAACGCAAUUGGAGAAAAUUACCCAAGUCAUUAUCAUUAGCAAAAUUAUUUUUGAGUAUGUCGGCUGGUGGAUAUCCAGCCGCAUCGGCCAAAGGUCUGCAUAUUGCAAGACAUGUUCCUAGACAUCCAUGAAUAGAAUUGAGUCGGCAUCGAUCUGGGUGACAUUCAGCUAGAAAUUUGCGACAUGUGUCCUAUUAAACCGCCCGGAGAAUGUACCUGUGUAUUAGUCGUUAAUGUUUGCCAAAAUGUUUACAUCUUUU